AUGCGAACAAUUUUUGUGAUAUGCAUUGCUGUUGUGGCAUGGUUUAUUCUUCUCUUUCUAACAAGUGAAAUCCACUGUCAAACUGUCAAGUAUUCAUUCACUGUUUAUCAGAAGGAUUUGUCAGGGCCAUAUUGUGCAGCAAAAUCUCCAAAUAGUGAUGCUGUAUACAUGUCUGAAUAUAGUGGACAUCGUGUGAAGAAGAAAUCCUAUCUAGGUCUUGUUGUUAUUGCAGGAACAGGAUAUGAGGGUUUUAAUGGUGACAUUUUGGCCAAACAGGCCAAACUGGAUAAUCCUGGAGGUGUUCUAGAAUAUAACAAUGAGCUGUAUAUUAUGGACUAUGGAAAUAAUAGAGUGAGAAAGAUUAACAGUGAAGGUGUUCUGGUAACAAUUGCUGGAACUGGUACACGAUCUUCAGCAGGUGACAAUGGUGCAGCUACUUCAGCAUCUCUCAAUGGACCUUGGGGUAUUCAUAUACCAAGCAAUGGAGAUAUAUACAUUACAGAAUAUGUCGGAAAUAAGAUAAGAAAGAUUAGUGCAUCUGAUAAUAAGAUUUACCUGGUGGCUGGAACAGGAUCAUAUGAUUUUUCUGGAGAUGGUGGCAAUGCUGUUAGUGCAAAAUUGAAGAGCCCUUGGAGUGUCUUUGUAAAUGCAAUUGGUGAAAUAUUUAUUGCUGAUACGGAUAAUGACAGAAUUAGAAAAAUUGCAACAAAUGGAAUUAUAACAACUAUUGCUGGCUCUGGAUCGAGUACUAGUGAUGGAGUUCUAGCAACUACAGCUUCUUUGAAAAAACCAACCUCUGUCUUUAUUUCACCAGCAAAUGAACUAUUCAUUGCAGAGGCUGAUGGUGGUAGAAUCAGAAAGGUCGAUCUGUCAACAAUGAAAAUUUACACAGUUACUAGUUCACUGAAUUAUCCAACAUUUGCAUUUGUUGCUGAAAAUAGUGAUCUAUAUAUUACAGAGAAAAACAACAACCAAAUCAGACUUGGAACAGCUUAUUGUGAUAGUGGUUAUCAAAUUAAUUCGAAUGGAACUAUUUGUAAUCCAGUGUGUAAUUCACAAAUUGGAAGAGCUGGAUGCAGUAAUCAUGGAUCAUGUACUAGUCCUAAUACUUGUACAUGUGAUACUGGUUAUACAUUAUCUGACUGUUCUCAACCUAUUUGUUAUGGAAAAUAUGGAAGUACUGCUUGUAGUGGAGCAAAUCAAGGAACUUGCUCUGCUCCAGAUACUUGUCAAUGUAAGAAUGGAUUUUCUGGAAGUGAUUGUAGUGUUUAUUAUUGUGGAGGGGUUGUUGCAAGCUCAGCAGGUGUCUGUUCAGGUAAAGGAACAUGCUCUGCUCCAGAAACUUGUUCUUGCCAAACAGAUUACGUUGGAUCAGUAUGUCAAUAUCCUGUGUGUAACAGCAUUCCUUCAAAUAACCCAAAUGUUUGCAGUGGUGGUGGUACAUGUACUUCUCCAAAUUCAUGCCAAUGCUUUACAAACUAUUCAGGAACUCAAUGUCAGUACACUACUUGUUCUGGAAUAGAUAGUACCAAUUCGAAUGUGUGCUCUGGUAGAGGAAGUUGUGCAAAAUAUAAUAAUUGCACAUGCACAGCCAACUUCUUUGGCUCAAAUUGUGAGCUCACUCAAUGUUAUGGAAUUAUUUCAAAUUCAGCUUCCACAUGCGCUUCACAUGGUAGAUGUGAUGGCUACAAUAAGUGUACAUGUGAUUCUAAUUAUUUUGGAUUGGACUGUAGUGUAACAAGUUGUUAUGGAGUGUGGAGUAAUACUUCUAGUGUUUGUACUGCACCAAACAGAGGUACUUGCAAUUCCUACAAUAAUUGUACCUGUACAAACUCGUAUUAUGGAACUCAAUGUCAAGAUUAUGAUUGCUUUGGAAUUAACAAAUCUAAUAGCUCAGUAUGUUCUGGUAAAGGAGCAUGUUCUGCACCAAAUACUUGUUUGUGCUCUGAUUCUAAUUACUCUGGUUCUAAUUGUGAUGCAGCUGUGUGUUAUGGAAUUUCAGCAAAUGACUCUAGAGUUUGUUCUGGAUCAAGAGGUGCCUGUAACUCUCCAAACACUUGCUCAUGUUUUUCAAAUUAUUUUGGACCUCAAUGUCAAUAUACACAAUGUUAUGGUAUUGACAGUUCCAACACAACUCAUGUUUGUUCUGGUAGAGGUACUUGUUCUGAUUUCAAUAAGUGUGUUUGUAAAGAUGGAUACUAUGGAUCCAAUUGUCAACUCAGCAAGUGUUUUGGAGUUUUAUCAAAUAGCUCAAAUGUUUGCUCAGGUCACGGAACUUGUUCGGAUACAGAUACUUGUAAUUGUGAUUCUAAUUAUUCAGGUAAAAAUUGUGAUAUUACAUCAUGUUAUGGAACCUCAAGUACAAAUCCACUGGCAUGUUCAUCUCAUGGCUUUUGCUCGUCCUAUAAUAAUUGCACCUGUUCAUCAAACUAUUACAGCCAACAAUGUCAAGAGUUCAAUUGUUUUGGUGUGAAUAAGGCAUCUACAAGUGUAUGUUCUGGUCAUGGUACUUGUUCAGAUAUUGAUACAUGCUCCUGUACAGGAAACUGGAUUGGAGGAAAUUGUAAUCUCACAACCUGUAAUGGUGUUUGGAAUUAUAAUUCAUCUGUUUGUUCUGGAAACGGUGUUUGCUCAUCUCUGAAUAAUUGUACAUGUAAUGUAGGAUAUUAUGGUGCUAAUUGUGAUUCCUUUGAUUGUUUUGGAUCUGUAUUUACAAACGAAGGUAUUUGUGCAAACAAUGGUUCUUGUACAGGUCCUGGUGUUUGUUCCUGUAUUGAUGGAUAUUCUGGAUCUCGCUGCCAAUAUCCUAUUUGUUAUGGCAUUAGUGGUGGUAGCUCAAGUGUCUGUUCUGGAAAUGGACAAUGUAUUGAUAGGAAUAUAUGUUCGUGCAGUGCUGGAUGGACUGAAAACACUUGUAAUGUGACAACAUGUUCUGGUAAAAGAAGUGAUAAUUCAUUAGUUUGCAGCUCUCAAGGUUCAUGUGUGGGACCAGAUAAUUGUUAUUGUAACAAAGGUUACACUGGACCUAAUUGUGAAUUUAAUGUCUGUUAUGGAAAGAGUCAGAAUGAUUCUUCAGUUUGUUUAGGCAGAGGUAAAUGUUUGAAACCAGGCGAAUGUACUUGUAAUACUGGAUUUAGAGGUACAGAAUGUCAAUAUUAUCAAAUUGAUUUUGAUGAGAAAUUGGCCACUCUCAAGCCAACCCUAACUUCAGUUCUACAAUAUUCAUACCUUUUCAAUGGAACAUGUGAAACCUUAUUCGAAAGUAGUGAUUUACCAAUAAUUGGUGAAUCUCCAAUAUGUUUAUGGGAUAGUAGCAAGAUGAUUAUUUAUUUAGGUUUUGGAACUCAUCUUCAAACUGGCAAUUUACUAAGAGUGAAGAAUAGCAACUUAGCAUUCUUUGUUGAUACAAGCAACUCUCUUUCCUAUACUGGAUCUGGUAUUACGCUCAAGAAAUUGAUGACAAAUGUUCCAACAAGUAAUCCUUUACCUCUUAGACCUAUUGUUGAUAGCAAUUUCCAAUCCUACACCAAUUUCUCAAGUUUAGUUUGGUCAUGUAUUAGUUGUUCUACAAGUUUGAAUGAUUACUUGAAAUCUCAACAACGUGAAUAUCUCUACAUUCCUCCAUCCUACUUGAAAUCUCUAUCAGCAUUAUAUCUGCAAUUAGCAGUCUCAAAUUUUGCUUCUAAUUCCAAAGUUGCAAGUCUUUCAUUUACGUUUUCUCAAUCAGCUGCUCCUAAUCUUGAUUUAAUUACUGACCUGAAUAAAACAGAACCAAUUGGUUAUGGAAACAAUGCAGGAUUAUUCUUAGGUUCAUACCCAUCAAUCAAAUACAAUGUCUACCUGUCCAGAUUUUUCUACACAGACAGCAGUGGCAUUUUGGGAAGUGGAUCUACUACUGGAAGUGUCUUGCUAUUGGCCAAACAUACACAAUCCACAACUUCAAAAGAUUUCUUCAUUCAAUAUUCAUUCAAUGCCUAUGAAAAUAAGCUUCCUGUUGUUAUUUCAGCAACAAAUCCUGUCUUUUCUCCUUCAUCUUUCAUUAGAUUUAAGGCAACAAUCUUCAAUCCAAUGGUAUUCGUGAAAACCGUUCAAGAUACAUAUUAUCUUUGGAAACUCUUCAAAUUUGACGAAACAGGAAAAGCUAAACAAAUGAGCACUGAAAUUUACAUUGAUCUGAAUUAUGAUGAAGUAGUUGUACAGAGAGAAUUGGAGGCAGGUACAUAUUUAGUGAGUCUUAAUGCAGUAGCUGCUUAUGGAUCUACUCUCAUGAAUACUACCUUUACUGUAUUGAACACAACAGAUAGAUUGGCUUCCAUCAGUUUUUCUCCUGUGCCAACAAUAGUUUCAAUUUCAGAAGAUUUGACAAUUACUGCAACAAUUAAUGGAACCAUAACAUCAUUUGAAUGGAUUCAAAUUUCUGGAAGGAUAAAACCAUUGUGCUCUUUGCAAAAAGUAACAACACAACCAAGUGAAAAUAUUACACAAAGCGAAUUGACUAUAACCAGAGAUUGUCUUUUUGAAGGUGAAAUUUAUAUAUUCAAGGUUGUUGCUAACAAUUCAAAUGGCAUUUCGUCUUCAGCUGAAAUUCAAACUCAAACAGAUAUCUCACCAAGUAUUCAUUGUGAUUUUUAUUCUACAUCUGAAGAUGGCUCUUUCGUUGCAUUGGACAGCACCUUGCUAAUGACAUGUAGAAAUGGAGCUAAGGAUACUAUCAAAUCUUACACAGUUGAAAUUCAUUAUAAUGGAGAAAGAAAGUUUAUUGUUUCCAAUACUCAAAAGAGAAACCUCUAUUUUAGAAUGCCUUAUCUAAUUGAAGGAAGCCAAUUGGUUGUCAGAGGUCUCAAUUUUUAUAAUACUGAAGUCAUUUACAGAAAGAAUUUAACAUCAACUCUGACUUCUACUGACAAGGUUCAACUCUUUAUUGAUGGUUAUAAUAGUAUUACAACUAGUGAAACAACAAGUUAUUUUGGAGCUAUUAAUUCUUUAAAUUCUCUCUUGACAUUAUUUGAAUACCAACAAUUUGAUUCGCUUGAAAAUAAGAACUCUCUCCAAACUACUUUGAAAUCCAUGCUCAGCCUAAUCUCUAAUCUGAGAGCUACUGGUGUCAAUGUUGAUGACAAACUCACUGCUCUCUUACUUCCUCCAGUGUAUAGAAUUCACAAAUACUUGGAUAGUAUUAAUGGAACUAGAUCAAGUGAUGAUUGGAGAGUUGAUGAUCUCCUUUCUUGGACAUCUUACUUUACUGAGUCUAUUCUCAACACCCUUCAAUACUAUUACUCAACUCAAUGGAAAUUCCUUAUUGAUCAAAUUCAUUUGAAUGAAUUGGAUGAACUUAUCGAACUUGGAUCGAGUAUGAAUUCUGAAAAAUUUGUUCUCGUUCAAGUUCAAUAUGAAUUAUUAACAGAUAGCUUGAAUGGAGUCGCAUCUAAGAAAUCACAAACACAGCUCUCUAAUGGUAUCUUGCUAAGAGAAAAAUUGGACUCUGUCGAUUCAUUGAGAAGUCACAUUAUUAACUUGUACUAUUCCAACACUAAUGUUUCGAUUCAAUUCCCAUCUGAUGUUGCUGAUACUUUAGCUUUUGGAGAUACAACCACAGAUAAUUCACUCAAUUCAUUUGUUAAAGUUUCCAAGACUACAAACUCAAAGAUUAUUGGUGUCAUGACAAGUGUCAAUAUUCAAACUCAAAAAUUCAAAGAAUUGGAAAUCCAAAACCUUACCACCUCCAUCAAUAUUGCAUUCACAGGCUCUCAAUAUCCUUCCUCCAAUGUAACUUGCAAAUAUUACAAUUCCUCAUCUCAAGAAUGGCUCACUAAUGGUGUUCAAACUUUGAUUUCUUCUUCCAAUAAUUUGGUUACCAUUUCUUGCUUGACAAAUCACCUUACAACAUUUGCAGUUUUCAAGAAUGAUAUUAUUUACAUUCCACCUACAAAUUCUACUACUAAUGGCGUACAAACUUCUGAUCCAGCUCUUGCAAUUGCUCUUGGAAUUAUUCUUCCACUUUUGGCAAUUGCAAUAAUUAUUGUAAUAAUUAUCAUUGUUGUGAUUCUGGUAUUGAGAUAUAGAAAGAAGAAACUUUCCUCUGAAGUUUCCAAUACUUCAGCCAUUGAACUGAGAAAUGAAAAUAAGAGAGGAUUAUUCGAUACUGACAUUUCAGACUUCCCUUCAGAAGCAAGUGUCUAUUUCAAACAUUUGAAUUCUUCCUCAAUGGCUUCAACUGUUUCUUCCACAUCUUCUUCUAAUGAUCCAUUCUCUCGUUACAAGGACAUGGUUAAAAUUGGAGAAGGUGCUUUUGGUUCAGUCUUUAAAGUUAUUGACACUAAAAAUAACAAUAAGGUGAAAGCCAUCAAAGUUAUUCGAUACAAAUCAGUGGAAGAAUUAAACUCCAUGAUGAAAGAAGGAACUCAAUUAAUGAACAUUAGCCAUCCAAACAUUCUCAAAGUGAAUGAUUUCUUUGUGGAAAAGGACAAUUUACUAUGUAUUGACAUGGAUUUCUAUCCACAAGGUGAUUUGAGUACCUUAAUCAACCAACAGGAAGAUUGUAAAGAAGUACACAUCAAGCAAAUUAUUUAUCAAAUGUGUCAUGCUUUGCAUUUCAUUCACAAUGAUUUGAAAUUAAUUCACAGAGAUGUCAAACCUUCAAAUAUUUUCAUCAAGGUAUUAAACGGAAAUGUCAUCCAUACAGUAUUGGCAGACUUUGGUUUAGCAAAGGAUAAUAAGAAUUCAGCAAGUAUGAGCUUUGCUGGUACUCCACUCUACAUGAGCCCAGAAUUGGCAUUAGGAGGUAAAUAUUAUGCCAACACAGAUGAAUACUCUCUCGGAGUGACUGUCUAUCAAUUAAUUACCAAAGACACCAUGACUGCCAUCAGUCACUUGUACAUGUCAAAAGACGCAAAAGAAGUACAAACUCUUACACGAAAACGUUUGAAGGAGAGUGGUGAUUAUUCUGAUAGAUUAAUCGAUAUCUGUCUACAAAUGUUGGAAAAGGAUAACUGUGCACGUCCAUACGCUCAAGAUAUUUUGGAAAAUUCAUACUUUAAUGAUAUUAGAAAGAUUAGAUAACAUGUUAUUGAAUAAACCAACACAAUAUUA